AGAAGAAAAGAAAGACAGCAGAGAAAACUUGUUUUUUUCCGUCUCUUUUUCUCCCCUAAACCCUACUUACUAAAACCUCGUCUUCGUCCAGCUUAGAUUCUUACUUGCACACCGAGAGAGAGUUAGGAGAGACAGAGGAAGCAAGGAUGAGUCUGAUAGCAGGCUCAUACGAAAAAUACAUAUGGGGCUUCAAACUCAAACCCCAUGAAACCCCACACCUGAUCCUGACUCCACUUUUCUCCUACCCAUCCCACCAAUCCUCCAUCACCACCGUCGCCUCCUGCGGCCACUAUGCUGCCUCCGGCGGCUCCGACGACAUUAUCCACCUCUAUGACCUCCCUUCUGCCUCCUACCUCGGCUCCCUCCACGACCACUCCUCCUCCCUCACCUCCCUCUCCUUCGUCUCCCCUCCCAACCUCUCCUUCCCUCGCAACCUCAUCUCCUCUGCCGCCGACGGCUCCGUCUCCAUCUUCGACGCCGACCCUUUCGUCCUUCUAAAGUCCUUCCGCCCCCACAGGAAGGCCGUCAACGAUCUCUCCGUCCACCCCUCUGGAAAGCUGGCUUUGACAGUUGGCCGCGAUGAAUGCUUGGCCAUGCUCAACUUGGUGAGGGGGAGGAGGAGCUUUUGUUGCAGGCUGGGGAGGGAAGCGAGCAUGGUGAAGUUCGAUUUGGGUGGGGACAGGUUUUUCAUGGUUGUGGAGGACAAGAUUGGAGUGCACGAGGCGGAGGAUGCCAAAUUGCUAUGUGAGUUAGAGAACCCCAAACAAAAGCGCGUUCUUUGCGUCACGCCCGGCGAGAAUGGAGUUCUAUAUACUGGCGGUGAGGACCGGAAUAUUACAGCAUGGGACACAAAAAGCGGGAAGGUUGCAUAUUGCAUUGAAGAUGCUCAUUCUUCUCGUUUGAAAGGUGUUGUUGUGCUCACAAGGAAUGAUGGUACUGCUUCUGUUGAUGAUCCGUAUUUAGUUGCAUCUGCAUCGUCGGAUGGUGUUAUACGCGUCUGGGAUGUUCGCAUGGUCAUUAAGGAAAAGCCAAAUCCGUUGGCCGAAGCUAAUACAAAGUCUAGGCUAACUUGUCUUGCUGGAUCAUCUCUCAAAUCUUUCAAACAACCAGGACCUGGAAGCAAGAGUAUUCAGAAAGAAGAGUUGGAUGCAGAGAUGGAAGGUUCAUAGCAUUAAUAACACGAUGAUGAAACUGCCUGGUUGAAUUGCUUUUGGGUUCUCGUUAUGAAAUUUAUUGUGUUCUGUCAACCCAAAUGAUGGGCUCAACCGGUCCAACUGAUAAGUUUUGACAUUUGCGAUACCUGCUUAUAUUAAUUUAAUUCAAAUUAAUCCAAGUUAUUGAAUGGAAAGUAAUAUAUGUAAUUGCUUAACAUUUUUGGAUUGUACUUUGGGCAUCUGCUAUUGUGUACUUCAUGGGGCCUGUUUUUAUGA